AUGUUCUUUAUAAUUGUUCUUCUCUUUGCCAUUGUGGCUGGAGGUGAAAGUGAAACCCUUCAUCACCAUCUUCAUCAUCUUCCACCACCAAGUCCAAAGGUAAUAACAACAAACUGCACUUACUUGGUGACAAUAGAAACAACAUGUACAAAGGGUGCCGAGACAACCGAUCGGGUCGCUCUCCGCUUUGGCGACGUGAAAUCAAACGAUGUCUUGGUUCAGCGGCUUAACUCUGUCCAUCUAAGGCGGUUGGAACCGUUAGACCCUGAGGUCCUGGAUGAUGUUCCUAUGAAGCCCUUUCAGGCAUGCGUCGUGGACCAAUUUCAGGUCACGGGGAGAUGCGUUGAGUCCCCAGUUUGCUACCUCUAUCUAAAGCUGGUCGGAGACGAUGAUUGGCGGCCAGGAUUCGCCCAAGUUCAGCCUUUGGAUGGGACCCAUUUGAGAUCGGAGUAUUUCUACUUCCGGCGAUACCUUCCCCGGAACGUAUGGCAUGGCAUUGACCUCUGUCGGAAGGAAGUUACACCAUUUGGGAUCAAAUCUAAGAGGAAGCAAAUAUUAAUGGAAUAA